AUGGUAUUCGGUGAAACAAUAGAAGAGGUGGAAGUACGAGCAGGGCAGGCGAUAGAAAUAAUCGAAAACUGGAUGUGCGGAAAAAAGCUGGCAUUGGCCCAUCACAAAACCGAAGUGAUGAUGAUCAGCAACCGAAAGGCAGUACAGCAUAGUACGAUUACGGCCAGAGAAGUCACCAUUGCCUCGAAGCGAGAGCUAAAGCACCUUGGGGUAAUGAUCGACGACCGGCUCAAUUUCAAUAGCCACGUUGAUUAUGCUUGCGAGAAGGCAACUAAAGCGAUCACAGCGUUGACCAGAAUCAUGUCAAACAGUUCCGCGAUUAGUAGCAGUAAGGCUAAUGCCUAUAGGCUAAUGGCCAUGAGAGUGGCAAGUGCAUACCGUACCAUAUCGAUGGAUGCGGUUUGUGCCAUAGUAGGAAUGAUCCCUUUAAACAUCUUAUUGGAGGAGGACUGCAGCGCUAGUAAUAUAAACCCCGAGAACAUCGUGCAAGAAAUGUGCAAGAAUGAGAAUACGUGGAACGAAAUAGGAAGAGCGGUAACGCAGUUCAUGAAAUCGCUGCAGCGAAAAUGGCGUGAAGACCAGAGGAUAUCUGGAAGCGAUCAUUAG